AUGACUCGUAAGAGGAGCUCAGAGGAACUUGGUGCCUAUGGACAGGAGAGGAGCAAGAAGAAAGUUCGUCUCAAAAGUCCAUGUACGCGAGACUCACCACAGGUCAGACGAGCUAGUAUAGGAACCGACGAGGAAGAAAUUAUUCCUCCUUCAGAGCCUGAUUUAACAUCACCCGACCCGCACGCGUUGCGACCAAAUAUUUCACUCAAGUCACCGAAAAUCACUAGCAAUAUGCAAAUUCAAAGUCAUUACAUUACUCGUGGAUGGUGCCAGGCUUUCGACCAAGAUGUCGUCCCCGCAAGUCCCGAUCCCCCAACGCCUUCAAGCUCCAAUCCUCUUCUUCUGAAUCUUAAUUCGACACUACCUCCUCGUGUCAUCGUGGAUUUCUUUGACAAUCCGAACAUCAAUGAAGCCGAAAUUAUUCGCCAGGCUUCUUCUACCCUAACACUAUCUCAGCAACGCUACUUUCCGAUGCAAAAUUCUCCUCUACCUUCGGACUUUUCCGAAUUAUCUGUCCGCGGUUCUUCGCCGUACUUCAACUCGGAUACGCCGAUCCAAUGCAGCCCAUACCUAGUCAAUGCCAACAUUCGAAAUGCUCAACCUAUUUCCACCCAGGGCACUGCUCUCGAAUGUAUAAAGAACGCGACUGCUACCGUGGCCCGUCAGAUUUCUUAUCCGUCUAUCGCCGUACUCUCUGAGUCUCCGAAUACACCUUACAGUCAGCGCAAUUCAGUGACUCCAGGGCAGCCGAAAACACUUGCAAUCAAAACCAUUAAUUCUGCCAUUAGCGACCGAGAUUUCGGUAGCUCCUCUAAUUGUACUGCGCCUUCUAUUUCCAUACCUCUGUUGUCUUCAAGCUCGCUGCUACCAUUACUUCCCAGCCCAUUUAUACGAGCUGUCGAUCACAUUCCUUUCACUGAGCCAGCUAUCACGUCUACACCUGUCUGCGAGCCUCAACCUCUCAACGCUGAAAGCGGUAUCCUCUUGAACGAUGGCGGUAACAACAAUCCAAUGACCAUCGAUGCAAGUGCUCCGAUUCCGGUUCGAACUACCACCAUGGCUGCAUGGCGUGCCCGCGCUGCUCGUAUAGUCAUUGCACGUCAUUUCUUGUCAACGAAGUUAGGCGUCAAGCUGGACGAGGCGCUGGUAGAGGGUGAUUUUACGAGUGUUUCGUCAGUGGCUCAAGAUGGGAUAGGGAUCUUGGGGCUUUUGCUUUAA